AUGCACGAAAGCGGAAAAAAGCAUAAAGAAAAUGUCGAGAAAUUUCUACGAAACAUUUAUCGUCGUGAAGAAGAAACUAAGAAAGAGGAUGAUAAAGUGAAACGAGAGUUACAAAGAAUCGAACGUGCUGCGAUGAAACAAUAUAAAAAAGAUGUAGGAUUAGCAGAAACGGGCGCAUCCCUUAAUACAUUACGUUCUGCGAUUGAUAAUGCUGUGGCUAAUGCACCACCUCCAUCUACUGAUGAACGAGAAGCAUAUUAUAAAACGUCGUUACCUUCAUCUUCAGCUUUAUACUAUUCAGAUACAACUACUGUUACUGCUCAACUAGAGUCGGAUUCAUCAACAUUAGUAACAUCAUUAGAAAUAUCAGAGGUAACAGCCGAAGAAGAUUCUCAGAUAGCAAUCAUAGAUGCUCCAAAUAAACCAGAAGAUCGAGAUACAACAGCAGCUUCUUCGAAACAAGAAGGAAAAUUCGAUGAUAAAACUAACAGAGAUUAUAUUCCAUCUAUAGAAGAAUAUGAAGAGGAGGAGGAAGAUGAUCCAGAUAAUUUAUUGAACUUUAAAGUAAUAGAGAAAACAUUACCAAUUAAUAAUGACGCUAUUGCUGAUGAAAAAGUUAUUUUGAAAAAACGGAAAAUUGGCAAAGAGGGGAAACAACCAAAAAAGAUCCGCAAAAAAUCUUAUGAUUAA